AUGGUAAGCAAGCACACCCCACCAACAGGAACAACUUCUACAGCAACAACAGUUACCACCACCACCACCAUCACCACCACCACCAUUAUCACCACCACUACUACUACUACCACCACAACUACCAACAACAACAACAACAAAAUUUCCGUCACCAUCGACGCCACCGCGACAGCAAAAGCGACAAAAAUCAUGCCGCUUCCGGCUUGAUUCCGGACAUGAAAAACAUAAAGCAGAGCAGGGCAGAAAUGAUUGCCAGAAAA